AUGUCCCCUUAUGCAGGCCACGGAAAACUGCUCGGUGUAGUGGUCGUGGGCGGAAAACGCCGGCGCGCAGUGCGUUGGCAGGCUGGCGGAAGCCGACGGCUGCCGGAGCUGGACGAGGCGCGCAAGGGAUGUGUAGUGGAGUAUGGAGUGAAGCUAGGGGAUGCGAGCGCCGGGGUACGAGGAUCGGGUCUAGCGCGGGCGGAGCGUGAGUUGGGAGUUACCGGCAGUGGUGAGAGCUUCGUGCUCCCCGGCGGGCAGACCUGGAGGAGUGUGGAUGCGGUGGCGCAGGGCGCUGCCGAUGGUAUAGGGUACAGCUCAAGGGCCACGAUGGUGUUGCUCGUGACCACCACGGGCAUGUUUUGUGACAAAGCUUCGUGGAGCAUCGUGUCUCGCCAGAAGGGCUCGGCGCUGCAGCCGGGGCGGAAUAGGAGCUCCUGCGGGGCAAUCUAUGUGUUCUGGGAGCUUGGUGGCAAGGUAGGCAGGAAGAGGCAAGGGCAGCAUGAGGGGCAUGGGUCUGUCGCACAGGCGCGGCAACAGAGGAUCGGGUACGCCGGAGCUGGAAGAGUGGAUUCGCGGGAGAUCCGAAGCGGGUGGAGCGACAGGGCGCUGCCCAUUAGUUUCAUGGCCGGAGGGAAGGGGACUGUGCGGCAGACCUGCCUGAGGGCCGAAGUGGUGGCUGUGAAGGAGAACAAGGCUGAGAUGUGUGCGGGACAGCAGUGGGUCGUGAUUGAUGACCACGGCGUGACUUGCAGGAGGCAGGCGGCGCUGAGGUUGCUGCAGGGGCCGGAGGAGGUGGCUCAUAGAGCGAAAAUGUUUCGCGACACGGGGGCCGAUAUUUGGACUAGACACAGUCUGGUGCAGAAGGCGAUCGCAAGAGGCAGCACGGAUUGGGAGGAUGCGGCUGAGGAGACGAUGCUGCACUGUGUCCAGAUCUGCUACAAUUCAGCCGCGAGAGUGGCCUUAUACAUCAGCUCGGGCGAUGGGAUAUAUGAGCCGCCAGCAGCGGCAAGUGGGGCUGAGGACGCGCUGGAGCAGGACGCUGGCAGUGGAGCGGGAUCGCGGAGGCAUUCGCUGCUGUUGGAAUCCUGGGGGCGCUUUGUCGUCCAGGAGCUGCGGGGCCAGGCGGGAAUGCUCUUGGUGACCAUCAGGGGCAGGUUUUGUGACAAAGCAAAGGAGGUCGUCGACUUGCACGUGUUCCGCGUCUUCCAAGUAGCAGAGGAGUUUGGGACCUGGUCCAAAUCCAGACCUUUCAUCCACUUGGUACAUGGCCCGCCGGGGACUGGAAAAAGUACGAUUUUGCGCGCGCUGCUGAAAUUCUUUGAGGACGUGGUGGGCUGGCGCAUGCAUCGCGAAUUCACCGUGGGAGCCCUGCAAGCAGUGGUGGCGGCCGCGCUGGGGGGCGAAACGCUGCACCACAUCACCGGACUGAACCCCUUCAACAGCGCCACUAGCACAGACAGAAAUGUUGCAGGGCAGAAGGCCAUGGAGAAGUUGGGCGUGCUGCGGUUCCUGCUGAUAGACGAGAUUUUCAUGCUCUCAGCACAAUUCUUGGCUGAGGUUGAGCAAGCCUUCCGACGACGGGUUCCAGACGGCAGUCCCUUCAAGCGUAACCACGCAGGAGAAGCCUUCAGCUUCGGGGGCGUGAACAUCACCAUGUUCGGUGACAUGUAUCAGUUGGACCCACCCGAUAACGCUUUCCCUCUCUACACGGUGCCGAGUGAAUUGCUACCGGAGGACGCAGAGAGCAAGGCCAAAAGAGCGCGAAUAUUGGAGUCCGAUGAGCAUGAGUUCACCCGAGUCAUUGUCCCCAACAACGACGUUCGCGCAGAGAUCAACAAGCACCGUGCGCGAGCCUUCGCCGCCAAGCGCGGACUGCAGCUGCUCUGGAACUUUGCACAAGAUCAGAUCCCUUUGGAACUUCUGGCAACAGACCCCCAUUUAGCGCAGAGAAAGGUCGAAUUUCUGCAGCGACACGAUCGCGAGUGUGGAGAUCUGCCCGGACUGGUGCCCUUAGCUCUGGGCAUGCCUAUGCUCUUGAGUGAUCAUAUUGAUCGACCAAAGCUCUUGCUCCGCGGGUGCUUGUGCCAUGUGGUUGGCUGGAAAGUCUCACAAGAUGAGACCGCGCUACCGAGCAAAGAUGCAGAGGUGAUGCUACAGGGAAUGGUGGAGUAUGUCCUGGUGCGCAUUGCUGACGCCACGUGGGAGCUGCCGGGCUUGCCACCUGGGGUGUACCCGGUGAAGCCUCUGAAGGCCGGUUGGCGGCUCGACAAAGGAAGGAAGAGAAGUUCCCAAAUCACUCGCUGCCAAUUGCCGUUGUUACCGGCGUACGCCUGCACGGCCAACGCCGCGCAAGGCGGCAACUGGUCGAAGGCUAUCACCGACAUCAACGUCUCCGGGAACAUGUCCAAGCAAGGAGCCUAUGUGUCCCUCUCUCGUGUUCGCCGCAGCCAGGAUCUGUGGAUUUUUCGCAAGUUCCCCAGACAUGUGUUCUGCGGCGGUGGACAGGUCGGGCCCGAACUGUUGCUGAAGCGAUUGCGUGGGGAGGCGAUUGCGUGGGAGCAGGUUGCCGAGAAACUCCGCGGGCGUCCGCAGCGCUGCGAGAAGAACAGCCCCCAAGUUGUGUGCGCCACCUGUCCAGCCACUGAGUUUACCAUCCGUGAGCUCUUGAAAGGCCCCCAGCGGCAGUGCACAGGAUGCAGCAAUUGCAGACGGUGCCCCACUUGCACAGUAGCAAUCCCGCCGGGUACUUCCCGGUGUUUGUGGUGCGCAGGGUAUUCCAUCUGCCGCUCCUGUGGUCAGGAAUUCCUAUCCCCGGGAAACUCGCAACACGCGUGGUGUGCUGCCUGCCAGAAGAAACACGGCACGCUGUGGGUGUGCGGGCGCUGCACGUUGGCGAAGCCACUGCGUCACUUCAGCCAUCAACGAGACGGUAUGCUCCCACGACCCUGCAAAUGA